GUGCAAGUCUAGGAAGAGGCGGAGAGCUGAUACAAAGUUACAGAUUUAAUACGUUGGAAUGUGAAAUAAUUAUACUGUCAGCGUUACGUGUUGCCAAUUGUGAAAGCCUUGGCUGUAAUUUAUUAGACAUAAAACUGUAGUAGUAGCCCUGAGUUGUCAAGUUCUUUGUAUUGGUUGUGUUGUGUGGUGCAGUUUGCAGUGAGCCCAGAUACACAGAGCCGUUAAAAUAUAUAUAUAUAUACCUAAGCAAACGCAAAACGAGAAAUAAAAACUUAAAUAGACCUAGGGCGGAGGACAACUGCUUUAUCUGAAUUAGUUUAUGACAACUCAAUUUGUGUAAUCUUCUGAAUACUGCACUCAUCCUUAAUCUUUGAAAUGCUUAGCCUUUUCUUGUUUGUCAUUCACAGGUAAUGAAUUGCAAGGGAAGCAUUCAAAACUGUAUACAAUAUCUUCAAGUGAAAAGAACUAAUAAAGAGGUCUAUGAUUUUUUAAAGACGUCUUGCAUACCUAAAAGCGAAUGGUCCAAAUACGCAUAUAUUAGGGACUCUGAAAGUUACAGUAGAAAUCUAAUUCAUGAUGAGCCAGGGAAGUUUCGUUUGAUUCUCAUUUGUUGGAAACCUGGUCAUUACAAUGCAAUUCAUGAUCACAAUGGAUCAGACUGUUAUUUCAAGGUGUUGCAAGGCAGAGUUCGGGAAAUACAAUUCCAGAAACAGAGUCAAAAGUCUGACAAAGAGUAUGAUGAGGGAGAAGUUUGCUAUCUAGAAAGCCUAAACCUCAGUCAUCAAAUGUCGAAUCCUGAUAGCGAAACCAUAGCAGUUACUCUACAUCUUUAUAUCCCACCGUUCGACACAUGCCAUAUUUAUGAUCCCAAUGGACAACAAAUCGAGGAAGUCGUUUUAAGUUAUGCAUCUGAACAUGGAGAACCGCUGUAUGAUGAUUGCCACCAGCUACUGUAAAUCAUCACCAACUGCGCUUUGUUUACCAAAACCUUCAUGUCAUGCAAUCUUGAAUUAUUUGUAAACGUUCAUUACAUUUUUAUUACAUUUUAUUUGUGUGUUUGUACUCACUGUGGAUAUUUUUAGUGGAUUUCAUAUUCGCUGACUUGACAUUAUUUAAAUUUACAUUUAUUCAACUUUGUGACUGUAAUUAAAGCUAUGCUAAAGAACAAAAUCAUGUUUUAUAAAGAAAUGGGAAUUUUUUAUUGAGAUUAGGCGUUGGGGGGGGGGGGGCUGAGUUGUAAAGCGCUUGGCUUCCGAAUCGGGGUCCCGGGCUUGAAUCCUGGUGAAGACAGGGAUUUUUAAUUUCAGGAUCUUUGGGCGGCUCUUGUAUGGAAGGAGAUAGGAUAGUGGUUAUUGGUAGUUUUUAUCUUGGGAUAUUUAAAAACCAACAUUUUUAUAUUUUGCUAACCCAACAGUGAACUUACUGACGUACCUGUAAUGUUUUUGUGAUUUUAAUAAUACAAUUACCUUUUUACCUUUACCUUUACCUGUCCCUUAGUCUGUUGGACCGUUGGGGCACCAGGCAAGAUUUGUCGACCGUCUUUCUCCAUUCCUCCCUUUUUUUUGCCUUGUUUAGAACCUCUCUCAAUGUCAGGCCCAUCCAUUCUUUAAUGUUGUCCUCCUAUCGCUUUUUCUGUCUGCCUCUUCUUCUUUUACCUGGCACUUGUAAUGUGGCCAAAGGUUUUAAGCUUUCGUCUUUUUACAAUAGUUAGCAUUUUAAUAAUACACUACUUUGAUCAAUAGCUUAAAGUCCUUUAUUUAUAAUACAUGUCUUUUAAAUCAUAA